GAGUUGCAAAUUGCAAUUGAAAACUGAUCAUGGAUUUAGCGAGGCUAAUUUUCAAAUGAAUAUGUCUCUAUGUUAUCCUUAUCAAUCUUCUGCACAAUCAAGCAUGUGGAUUUGCUAAUGCAAGAAAAGGUAGUACAAGAGAAUCAUGAAGUGAGUUGAUUAAAAUUUGUGACAUGGCAUCUACCAGUAUGAAGCAUGGUGAUACAAGCAGUUCGAGGAGGCCAAAUAUUGUUAAGGGGUCAUCCAGUUCAGUUGAAAGGCUUGGAAGAGAGAUGCUGGAGAUGAAGCUGAAAGACUGGAGGGCAGACACAGACGAGGAAAAAGAUAUUGAGAUAGAUGUUGUUGAUGGAGUGGAUAUUAAAUCUGGGCAUAUCAUUGCCACCACAAUUGGUGGUCGAAAUGGCAAACCCAAGCAGCCAAUUACAUACAUAGCAGAACAUGUGAUCGGAACUGGUUCUUUUGGUGUUGUAUUUCAGGCAAAAUGUAGAGAAACUGGAGAAAUCGUUGCGAUCAAGAAGGUUCUUCAAGAUAAGCGCUACAAGAACAGGGAGUUGCAGAUCAUGCACAUGUUAGACCAUCCUAAUAUUGUCGCUCUCAAGCACUGCUUCUUUUCUACCACCAAUAGGGAAGAGAUUUACUUGAACCUUGUGCUUGAGUUUGUCCCUGAUACUGUCAAUCGUAUUGCAAGGCAGUGUAACAAGAUGAACAUAUGUAUGCCCCUGAUACAUGUUAAACUCUAUAUUUAUCAGAUCUGCAGAGCUCUUGCCUAUAUACACAACUGUGUCGGAAUCUGCCAUCGAGAUAUUAAACCUCAAAAUUUGCUGGUGAAUUCACAUACACAUCAACUUAAAUUAUGCGAUUUUGGUAGUGCGAAAGUUCUGGUUAAGGGAGAGCCAAACGUCUCUUAUAUUUGUUCCAGAUAUUAUCGUGCUCCUGAGCUUAUCUUUGGGGCAACUGAAUAUACAAAUGCUAUUGACCUGUGGUCUACAGGCUGUGUGAUGGCUGAAUUACUUCUCGGACAGCCCUUAUUUCCUGGUGAAAGUGGAGUUGAUCAGCUCGUUGAGAUCAUUAAGGUUCUGGGGACCCCUACAAGGGAAGAGAUAAAGUGCAUGAAUCCUAACUAUACUGAGUUUAAAUUUCCACAGAUAAAGGCUCAUCCAUGGCACAAGGUUUUCCAAAAACGGUUACCCCCAGAAGCAGUUGACCUGGUCACUAGGUUUCUGCAGUAUUCCCCGAAGCUUCGCUGCACUGCUUUGGAGGCCUGCAUUCAUCCUUUCUUUGAUGAGCUGAGAGAUCCAAACACUCGUCUUCCCAAUGGUCGUCCUCUUCCUCCAUUAUUUAAUUUCAGGUCUCAAGAGCUAAUGGGCAUGCCCCAGAAUGUUCUCGAAAAGCUUAUUCCCGAUAAUGCGAGAAAGCAGAACGUGUUCAUGGCCUUGCAAACAUAGCAGGCUAAAUUUGAAUUUGUGCAACUGAGGGGGUCAUCUCAUCAAGUUUGGCAGUAAUGAGAUGUAAGUUCUCUGUUUUUAUGUUUCUUUUGUUUUAAUAUAUCUGUAUCUAUUUUCUGUUUCUUUGCUCGGUUCUUCCUCAUCCUGCCAAUUUCAUCUUUGUUUGAAGUGUGUGGAGAUGAAUGCUGUAUUGUGAUUCCAGAAUUGUAUUAAAUAUAUGUAUUUAGCUUACGAAACUAGUGAAAUCUCCGGUGAGAAACGGAAGGAGAGUCAUAUACGGGAAUGUUUUGUAUGAGCAAGUGAGUUAUCUCAAAUUCAAGGCAGUUGGAUCUGGACUUGAUUUCUAAUACGAGAACAAUUUUCUACUUCCA